GUUCAACGGCGUUCCAACUGUACUUUGCUUUCGGUUUCUUUUCUUGUCAACAACACACUGCUUUUAUCUUCGUCCACAGUUCGCUUUUACUCCCCCAUAUGUCCCGAUUCUCUGGUAGAUCACUCGACAAGCUCUGGUUUGCGUUCUUCGCUUUCCACCUUCCAAUAUCUAUCCUUCUCGACCUCCAAUACCUCUAUCCACCCUCUUUAAUACCAUCAUCCCUCAAAGCAUUCAUGCUCUGGUCGAUCAACCUCACUCGUGACCCAAUCCUUCUCGGAGCUGUCAAUAAUGAUCCGACAUUCGGGUGGUUAAAGUGUUUCUCCUGGCUUGAAGCGGGAUUCCAGGUCCCAUGUUUUGUGGUAGGCCUUUGGGGGUUGUGGAACAACGAUAAGCGAGUGUACCCGGUCAUCCUCGCCUAUGGAGCUUCGACGGCUACUACCCUCCUCCCCUGUCUCCACACUAUCUUCACUACCCAAGCUACUCCUCCUCACACGACUGCUGAGAUCGCCAACCUUCUUGCUGAGUAUGUGCCCUUUUUGCUCUUGCCCCUCGGUAUGGCGGUGGAUAUGAGCUGGAGAAUUGUCAAGAUCAUCAAUGCUGCCGAGGGAAGGAAGAAUGUGUAAAUCGAUGAGAAGGCAAAUCAAAAGCUCAAUGCAAAAUGGAUAUACAUGGGUUAUAUUGAUACAACGUGAAUGUGGUCUACUAUCUAGAUAAUUAUCCGAAGCUCUUCAUUUGUCUCCCAGUAAGGUGUAUACCCAGGAAACAAAGCUGCUCCCCCAAAGAACGCCUGCUUCCCGACCGUCCUUUUCCCUUUCAAAGUUCCUCCUCCCUUACUUCUUCACUGUCAUCCUUGUCUUCCUUAUCCCCCAACGAGAUAUAAAGCCAAAUGAACGAAACGACUCCGAUAAGGUAUGGAGGCAAGAAUCCCCAUUCACUCGUUUUAUCCACAAGAGGCCGAUUCCACUCCCCAUUGCCUUUCUUGGUCCCUUCUAUCUUCCUAGGUAACACUUCGGGUAUCUCCUCCGUAAGACUACCAUCGUUGAUACUCAAGCUCGUAUGCUCCCAACCAUCUUUGGAAGCUAUUAGUCGAGAUUCCAAGGGCAGCUCUGCACUUUGGGGCGAUAUUUCAACUCGAGCUACAGCUCCGAAAAAGUCUGUAAUAAGGAUUUGUUCCGGAGGGACACUGCUCAGGGAAGUUGAUAUUCCAGGAUGAGAAAAGAUUUUGGCAGGAUCAUACGUGUUGAACUGUUAUUUGAUGAUUAGCUGUCAACACCUAAACAGGUACCAAAAGAACGACUCGCGAAUUCCUGAAGACUGUUACGUGAAGUCUUGCCCACUGUCUCGAGAUAUUGAAGGACGUUGUGGGUAAAGCUGUCAAUGACUGCGACGCCGAUAUCCAUGUCAUUGUGAUGCUGCUCUUCGUCAGCCGAGCCUUUUAACGAAACAAGAGGUGGUAGUCUUACGGAGUACGAGCUUUCGCCCAAAGAUGAAGAUCCCGUAGCGAUGAUUUCGGGAGAAUAAAACUUGGAGUACAUUGUGUUUGCUUGACAGGUAUCAAUCACAUAAAGCAAC